AAUGUUUGAAAUAUUAUAUGAUAAAAUAUUAAAGUUAAUAUAUUAAUUGAGAUUUGUUGAUUAAUUUCUUCAUUAAUUCAUUUUUGGUUAUAAAUAUUUAUUGAAAUAUAUCAACUUAAUUUAUACUUUAUAAUACUCUUUUUAUUCACAAUAAGAUUACUUAAUUUAUGUUUAUAAAAUAUUCUUAUUAUUGAGAUAUAUAUACUUAAUUUAUGUUUUAUAANUAAAGUAUUAGAUUAUUUGGAGAAAUAGAAGUAAUUUUGUUGUCUAAUUUUAAGUUAAUAAUAUCUAUAAUAAACAAACUAAAGAAAAAUAAGUUAAAGAAAAGUCAUUAAAUAAAAAAAUAAGAAUAGGCUUAAGUCCCACCGCAAUCAGAAUCAUCAAACAAAAAUAAUAUAACGAAUCUUAAGUAAUCAAUAAAUUUUUGAUUAUAAUCUCUAAGCCUUUUUUCCUAAUUAAAAUGCUAUAAAGGAACAGGAGUUUAUAUUGAAACUAGAUGAAGAUAAUGGGCAACCUUAAAAAAUCAUCUCCAG